CGAUCGUCCAGACUCUAGACAGCUCAGUCGGAAGUCAAGCCACCAAACCUGACUAAUCAAACACUGAAGUCAUCAAAAAAAUCUCCACCACAAGAAAACACUACAAGUUCAGCAAACUGACCAAACGGAUCAUUAGAUAGCCAUCGCCGCCAUGGAUCAUCAAGAGGAGAAGGUGAAGCUUUUUGGCAUGUGGGCGAGCCCCUACGUCCUCAAGGUGAAAUGGGCGCUGAGCAUCAAGGGCGUGGAGUACGAGUACCUGGAGGAGGACCUGAGGAACAAGAGCGACGAUCUCCUGGAACACAACCCCGUGCACAAGAAGGUCCCCGUGCUGCUCUACCACGGCAAGCCGGUGGCAGAGUCCGACGUCAUCGUCGAGUUCGUCGACGAGGCGUGGAGCCACCGAGGCGGCCGCAUCCUCCCCGGCGACCCCUACGAGCGCGCCAUGGCUCGUUUCUGGGUGAGGUUUGUGCACGACAAGCUCUCGCCGCCGAUUUGGAAGUGGUUCACGACGGCGCCAGGCGAGGACCAGGAGGCCGCGCGGGGGGCCUCCGUUGAGCAGCUGCAGGUCCUGGAGGAGUUGCUCGCCGUCGGCGGGAAGGAGUUCUUCGCCGGGGAGAGCGUUGGGCUCGUGGACCUGUCGCUCGGCGCGAUGGCGUACGUGGUCCCGAUGUACGAGGAGAUCGUCGGCGUGAGGCUGGUCACCGAGGAGAGGUUUCCGUCUCUGUCGGCGUGGAUGGGGCGGUUCUUGGGCUCGCCGCCGGUGAAGGAUCACCCGCCGCCAGUGGAGAGGCUGAUACCCAGGUACCGAGCCAUGCGCGAAGCCUUUCUGAAGAUGGGCUAGAUCAAGCCACUGUCGUCGUCUUCAAUUAAAUCUGCUUGUUUGUCUAAAAAAAAGUUUAAAUUGCUCGUAUUCCGUAUAAGAUGAAGUUAAAAUUGCUUGUAUUCGAUGAAUUUUCAGAACUUCCAAUAAUCUCAGUAGGUACCAAUUAUAAGCAUUUCUAGUAAAAUAUUAUAGAGACAUAAAUUCAAGCCAGAUUUCAGCAGAAACCAAAAUUUCGAACCCAGCUACAGAGUAGCUGCAUGUCUAUUGUCAUUAGCACUUCCACCACUUGUUCGUUGCAACGAGGGCCUCCUUUUAUUCUUCAUCUUGUAUUGACGUAUUGUAUUUAUGUUGUUAUGGAAUAAAAUUCUCUCAUUACCCGCAAAAAAAA